UGUCACUACAGUCGUCCACAACCGACGGAGAGACAAUAGGGCAACAGCAGUCGCUCUGUCAGACGCAUCAGCGCGAUGUGCACAAGAAUCAAUAUUAGUACAUCAAGGCUUUAAGAAAAUAACAGAGAGGGCAGCAGAAAAACAUUGCUCCCGAUGUUCUAGUUGUCAACACUGGCCACAACGGAAUGACAGCGGGGGUUUGCGCAUCGUUUGUUCCUUAAAAAGAUUCCUAAAUCAACACUGUUGUCGUGGAAACUGGUCCCUCCGUCUCUGGAAUAAUGAGCUCCUCGCCCCACAUGUCCCGUUCCUCCAUUGACAUCCUGGAAGAGCUGCAGCUCAUCACUGCUGAGAACCUGGAGAAGCUGGACUUUAAUAAAUACUAUGAGGUCAUUAGGGAGCUUGGCAAGGGCACCUACGGCAAGGUGGACCUGGUCAUCCAUAAGACCAGAGGCACGAAAAUGGCCUUGAAAUUCUUGCGGAAGAAAACCACUAAGCUGAAGAGUUUCCUACGCGAGUACAGCAUCUCUCUCUACCUGUCACCGUGUCCUUUCAUCAUCAACAUGUAUGGCAUUGCCUUCGAAACUGAUGAAUACUACAUCUUCGCUCAAGAGUAUGCACUGGCAGGCGAUCUCUUUGACAUCAUUCCUCCCCAGGUUGGACUGCCGGAGAACGUUGCCAAGCGGUGUGUGCACCAGGUGGCGAUUGCACUGGAUUACCUGCACUGCAAGAAGCUGGUGCAUCGUGACAUAAAGCCGGAGAACGUCCUCAUCUUUGACAAGGAGUGCCGGAAGGUGAAACUGUCAGACUUUGGCAUGACGCGGUGUGCUGGCUCUCCAGUGAAGCGGGUGAGCGGAACCAUCCCGUACACGGCUCCAGAACUGUGCGACCCCAGCCGACAAGAGGGCCUGUGUGUAGACUACAGCACUGACGUGUGGGCCUUCGGUGUGCUUCUGUUCUGCAUGCUCACUGGGAAUUUCCCCUGGGAAAAAGCACUCCCGACUGACGCCUUCUACGAAGAGUUUGUGCGCUGGCAGCAUCGGCGGAGGCGAACCAGCGCGGUGCCUUCACAGUGGCGCCGUUUCACUGACGAGGCGCUCCGCAUGUUCCGCAGCCUGCUGGCCAUCGAGCAGGACCGCCGAUGCUCUGUCAAAGAGGUCUUCAGCUACUUCAACCACUGCUGGAUGCUCGACACGGAGAACGGCAACACGACCCAUGUCUCUGGCGGUAACGGCAACAACAGCGCGGUGAUGAAUGGCCGUCAAGCUGAGCUUAGCUCUUCUUCCUCUGAAGAAGAUGAGUUGGUGGACCGUUUGAAGCAGCAGAGCUUGUCGCCUGUGUGUGGGGUAGCUAAAGGAGGCAUUGUCAUGGAGCCAAUGAUGGCGCACUACUCCUCUACGUCCACGAAUAGCCCUGCUUCCUCCACUGGCUACGAGCGCGUCUCCCGUGAUAACAAUGGCAACAAUGGUCGAAUCCUAGUCACGACACCGAUUGAAAUAUGUGUGUAAAGAGGUCACUGGCAUUUACCUACCUUGCACAUAUAUUUGGGAUGACUAGAUGACAAUAAGGACUCAAGUCCUUGUGAAGCAAACGCGUCAGAGGAAACGUUGGUAGCUGACGCACAAGUGCUCAGCAUCCCAAGAAGAGCUGACAGCUUGAAACUCUUCCUGAUGACGAGUAUCUCUGAGGGAAUCUGUAAGACAAUCACCAGAGUCUGCAGAUUGUGUCUCAACCACGUUUUCCACAUAUAAUUAGACCAAAAGUAAAGCAACUUUAGAAGAAUAGAAAAAAAACUCUUUUCAAAAAUAUGAAGCAAUAUGUUGAUUUUUUUUAGCAAAAGUGAUUGUCAAAAACGAUUAAAAAAAAACUUUGAUUUGAAACAUGAGAGGGAAAAAAACAGCAAAAACAUUUCAUGUGGAGACUUACGUGGUUUCAGAAGCACAGUAGGAACUGUGUUGGUAUUGUUUCGUGCUUGUGCAUCCCUGUGGUCAGUGGAUAUGACUUUGGAAGCGUAUAGGUUACUUUAUAAGUGUGUUGUAUUAUUCAUUUUGGUCUUGACCUUUUUGUUAUUUAUUUAAUAUUGUAGCAUUACAAUGUUAAAUUAUAAUUUGCAGAGAAUCUGCACUGUCAAAUGUCAGUUUGCUCACUAUUAAACCAAAACUGGCAAGAAAAGAUCACUUGAUUUCAGAAGACUGUUAGGGAGGUUUGAAUGGUAGAUUGAAAAACUCCUUUUUUCUUAAGUAACAUAUAGAUACAAUCCAUAUACAGCAAGUAAUUCCUCUCUGUCUAGGAGUACAAUACUUGGCCCUUGUUGCAAUCAGAAACAGUUCUUUACAGGGCUGUGGGUGUACCACAAAAUGCAAGAGUGAUUUAGACAUGAUGGCUACCAGAAACAUGCUUCAAAAACCAUUCAGCCACUGUGUGUUCAUAUGUUAAUACAGUAAAGUACAGUACCACAUUAUGUACUUUACAUUAUUUCCUCUUUUUGCAUUCUUUCUGAGCAUUAUGGAUGGAGUCCUGAUAGCACACGUAUGUCACUGAGAUGUCAGUCUUGGAUUCUCUUGGAGAAGUUUCUGUUGGAUGUUAGAUUGAAAUUUAGCCAAUGUUUUUUCAAUGUGAGGUUUAGAUUUUUAUAUAUGAAUUUGCGUUAAUCAGAUGUUUGUAGACAAAAUGUGAUGCUUAAAAGAGCAUGUUAUGCUUUCCAGAUCUGCAGUGUUCUCUUUCGUAGAUGUCUUGUUGAUGUACAUGUGCUUACUGAGUGAAGUUUAAGGAUUUCUCAGGUAUACCAUUCACUGUGUAAUAUUUAAGUCAACAUGAAAUCGAUAUUUAACCUAUUUACUUUCCUAAUACACAUUCCUAGCCUUACUGGGCACUGACCAGUGCACAUUAUUCAAAACAUAAAAAGAGUUUUCUUCCAAAAUUUCUGCCACUAAACUGAUUUUCUUUUUUGAUGACUUUCCCCUCCAACCACUUAUCAAAUUCAGACACUUGUCAGAAUAGAUUGAUUCAGCCUACCGCCUGAUUAAAAUGUCAAAUGAUGGUUAUUAUUAGUAAAAUUAUUUGUGAAACAGUUUCAAACACCAUUUCAUGUUGUCUUUAACACCUAAUUUGUUACUUGAUGCGUAGGAAGGAUCUGUUGAAAAUGUCAUAUUUAUGUUUCAUGAUGUCUAAAAAAAUGCUGCGAUGGUCCAAAAAAAAAAAAGGUCCAGUUGUAUAUCUGUAUAAGAUCUUUUAUUUGGACCAUUAAUUACAUAUAAAAAUGUUACCAGCUGCUAAACCUGGUAUAAUCUGCAUUUAGAUUUAUUAAAAUGUCAAUUAAGUGGAAUGUACCCUAUUCCACAACAAGUCUUGCGCAAUUUAAAAAAAGGGUUUUCAUUUUUUAUUUAAUAUUUAUAAAUUUUAUUGUGACAUUUGUUCAAUUUCAUACUUUUGUUUGAAGAAAGGUAGCAAAAGAAGUUAAUUUGUUGGAACUCUUUUAAUCUUGUGUUGUCGACAAUGUUUGAAAGGGUUUUUGCAUGGGUAUAACAGAAAACCAAUGUAAGGGAUGGUAUCUACUUUUUAGAAUUGUGACAAUUAUUGUGUAGUAAUAUUUUAAUCAGCACAAGUUGCAUAACUUAAUAAAAGUUUCAGUGGAGUCAAAAAGGACAACGUGAAAGGACAAAAAAAGAAGUUUUUCAAUUCUUCAUGUGCAGAACAUGGAACUUAUAUGGCCAGCCAACAGUUAUGGGGCAUUACAAAACAUAUUGAUGCGCUCACAGACAAUAACCAUGAAGAGGCUGGAAGACAUUUUAACCCUGCAAAAAGUAUGAAGAAAACAAGUCAAAUGUGAAAAGUUUUUUGUUAAAAGGACAAAAGCAAAAACAGACAUUUUAAUGUGUUGUGUUUUCCAGAAAUAUUUGCAUGAAUCAACAUUGCUCUGGAGAAACAUUGUAGAAAUAAACACCAA